AUGGAUUACGAAUCGAUAUUAUUUGGUUUACAACCUAUAAUUAAUGCCAACCCAGUAUCUUCAAUUCCCUUACAAGAUGUUUAUUUAGAAAGUUAUCUUACUGUAUUAGAUCAGUUGGCUGUGUCAUUACGUGCUCCAAAUAACAGAAACAUUGUUGGACAAACUGGGCUGCUAAGUAAUCUUUUAAGAGUUCUAGAGAAUAUUUUAGAUAUUUGUUUCCACAAUGAUAACAUCUAUAACAAAAUUUCGUGGUUUAAGUUAUCGUCUGAGCUUAUCAGAUCUGUAGCAAACAGUUUAAUAGAUAACGAUAGCAAUAGAAAUAUAUUAAUUCAUGAUGAUAUUUCCAAAAAGAAUUUGCUACUAGAUUAUUUUAUUAGCAGACUACUAAACAUUAACGAGCUACCUGGUGACAAUGUUGAUGGCUCAAUCUUAUCGACAUUGCAACUGAGGUCAAUUGUAUUAAUUAGAAACUUAUGCAUCGAUAAUGAACAAUAUACAAAAAAGUUCUCUAGCAAUUUAAGAGGUAAACUUUUGUCAUUUUUAAAGAUGAGAGAGCAUGUAUUUCUCGAAGAAAUUGAUUCAGUGGUAAUGGCAGCCGAACUCUUCAAUGAUUUCAUACAGAGUGAUACAGACUCCAUUCCUAUUCAUCCCACAGACCUAUUAUUUAUGAGUACUUUUAUUAAGAGAGCUUCGAAAGAAAUAGAGAAUAAGGACUCCAAAGAAGAUGACGAUGAAGUUAUGGAACUAAAUAAAGAUCAACAUAAUAAUGAAGAACUAGAAGACGAAAGUGAUCCUUGUAUCGAAAUUACAAUGAAUCUCUGCAUAAGUUUUGAAACUAUUGUAAGCAGCGAAAGCUUUUUUGAAUUAAAAAUACCCAAAGAAAAUAAAGACAUAAUUUUGAACAUUCAGAAAAAUUUAUUUGAUAUUCUAGAUGUAUUAUAUGAAAAGAUAUUUCCUAAUAAGUUGAUCGUAAUGAGAAGAUUAUCGGCAUCGAUCGGUCACAUAUCUGCUAAUAAAUCUCAUGACAACAAACAUGAGCAACCCGAUGCCCUAAAAAUUUUAUUGCAUUCAGAACAAACAUAUCAAAUUUCAGCAGCGGCAAUUAUCCUUUCGAAUUCCAUUAAUUCAAGAGAUGAUGCAAAUGAACUUUUGAAAUCAGUGCAAAUUGAAAAGUUAUUCUUAAUUUCAAGAAAAUUAAACGAUCCCAUACAGUUCCAAGGUAUUCUUGAACUUGUGAAAAAGUUGUUAAAUAUCAAUAACUCAAUAUUACUGACAGUAGAAGACUUGAUACCAUUAGUGAACACAUUGCAAUUCUGUCAAGAUCAAACAAGUUAUUUCGCGAAUCUUGGAAAUCAAAUCAACAAUUUAUUAUCGAAACUUCUUGUGGUUUUACCUAGUUCCACUGUCACUAAAUUGGUGACAACAGAAGAUACAUCUAAGUUUUUAGAUAUAGUGAUUGCCACAGGAGGUCUAGUUCCAUGCUUAUUACUAGAUAAAUUAUUAGUUUCCAGAACUACCAUAGAUACUGACAUCCUAGAAGACCUAUUCAAGGCCGCAUUUAAAUAUGACGAGAUGAAUAAUAAUAUUCAAGGUAAUGGUCAAACCAGUUCUGUAACUCUACCUCAAUUAUUUCAAUUGACCAAGACAAUAGGUAUUUAUUUGAAGAAUAUUGAUGCAUCUAAUAUUUCUUCUAACAUACUCUUCACACAACUUCCAGAUCAAUUAGCAUCUAUAUUAAAAGUCUUACUGACCUUAAAACACAAUACUGAUGAUAUAAGUAAAAGUGUAUUCAACAACGGUGUUUUUAUUUCUGGAAUAAUAAUCAAUUUACUUAAGAAAGAAGAAGUUCUCACCCAAGAAGAAUCAGAACUAAAUACCUAUGCACAUCAAUUCUUUUGA